AUGGAUUCGUUGUCGGCACUAGGCCUAGUUAGCAAUAUUGUACAAUUCAUUGACUUUUGUGAAAAGUCGGUCAGCUCCAUACGCGCCCGACCCCCAGGUCUGAACGCGGCCGCGGCCGAAGUCCAAGCUGAACUAGCUGACUCCCUACGAAAUUAUGCGUUCCAGCUUGAGUUACAGCUGCUCCGAUCAGGCCCGAUUGUUGACGACCGCAUUGGCCCCAUUGCGGAAUUGACGAAGGAAUGCAAAGAUCUCUGUCUCGCCAUCGUGAAAGUUUUGCAGAAUGACGCCGACCUUGGGAGAAAAUCCAAACUUCGGUUGGCCCUCAGAGACACAUUCAGAGACAAAAGUCAUCAACGAGAGUUGGACGAAAUUGGUGGCCGACUCAGGAAGGUCAAAACCGUUCUCACUGUGAUGUUGGAGACUUGGAUAAAUGAGGCACAAUCAACCACGAACCAGCAGUCUGAAGCGUUGCAGAGCUCUGUUGUCGCUCCAAGGCUGGUCAGAUCUCUCACAUUGCAUGAAGCAGCAGAAAAAGGGCUCAGGGUCAUUGUGGAAGUCUUGCUCGAACUUCCUCAGCUACAAGUCAAUGAACAAGAUCCGGAUGGGAGAACUGCAUUGCACCUAGCCGCGAAGAAUGGUCACGCAGACAUAGUUCGAUUGCUCUUGAAAUACAAGGCAAAGGUCGACGAUACAGAUCGAGAGGGAAGGACUCCUCUCUACUUGGCCGUGGCAGGCCGCCACAAGGAUGUAAUCUCCAUCCUCCUCGCUAACGACGCGGACGUCAACAGAGUCGACAAGGUUGGGAAAACCAUUCUCGCCACGGCGAUCGGUGAGGACGAAUGUCUCGACAUAAUAGAAAUGCUCCUAGAGAAAACCGCAUCUCCGAUUUUCAGGUGUCCUGAGAAUGUCAUCAGCCUCAUUUCGGCCGCAGCUGGCGGACACGAGGGAGAGGUACGGCGUUUACUUGAUCAAGACAUCAUCGUCGAUAGUCCAGACGGAUUCGGCUAUACGGCGUUGUAUGAGGCUUCCAGAUUCGGCCACACCGGGAUCGUCAAGCUUUUGAUCGACGCAGGAGCAAAGAUAAAUGCCAAAGUUGGACUUGGGGGGGAUACGGCGCUCCACGCGGUCGUAGACAGAGGUCAAAAAUAUGCUGCUCUUCUGAGGAAGCUGGGUGAUAACGUUCGUCAGGAGAUUCCGUCUCUCGGACGACAGCAUGAAGCCGUCACUGAGAAGCUUUUACAAUGUGGCGCGGACCCAAAUCUCAAGAGAUGGGACGGAUUGACCGUGCAGGACAUGGCCGCGAAAAUUAUGGAUGGUUUGUCCCCUAAUGAUGUCCAAAGGGGACCUCUCAGAGCGUUUCUGGUGAAACUAGAAAACCCUCCUCCUGUGGAGCUGACGGCUCCGAGAAACUGGAAAUCUUCUCCACCAAGCUUGGACGCUGACAUGAUGAAAAUUUGCGACCAUUUCAAGGCGCGAAUUCAAUAUCACAUUGGGGCUUCGGGCCGUCAACGUGACACACGAAAAGCCCUCAGCUAUCGCAUGGCGCCCGUUGGCAGCCUGAUCUAUGGACAAGAAGAAGGGAACAGCGAACGAGCAAAGAUUACGGAACUCGAAAAUUGGGCCAAGGAGGGUGUCGGUGAACCCGGACGCCGCGAUUUACAUUAUUGGAGAUGGGUACAUCUACCUUCGAACAAUAAGCUGUGGGUGAAGCAUGUCAUCCGCAGAUUGCACCAAUCUGUCGUGCUUUCUACAGAUCCGAGGCAGCUUGAAGCCUUCAUCGAUGAUAGCUAUGACGAAUUCAGAGGGUCGGCACCGCACGCACGCUACCGCAGGCCUGGCUUCAGCAAGCUCGUGGGGAAUACGGGUGAUGUUUGGUCCCUCGUUAUUCCAUUCUUCGACAUGGAGACAGAGAUGUUUCUAGACCGGAAGAACUAUAUCAAGGAAGAUACACAUUGUGCGAUGAAGCAAGAACUGGAAAACUUUUACCGACGUGGCGGCGAAGAUGUUGAGGAUUUGCACCUCUCCUGCACUCUGGACCAGACAUACUACAUGUCGAUUAAUGACACAGUUGAUAUCAGGGAUCAAGUCGUAUACCGAUACACAAACAACCUGGUGCUCGCGGCAGCAAAUAAAAGUGCAUCACCAAAGUCUUCCUCAAAUGGCGGCGCGCUUUCAGAACCAAAAGAUACCACUACCGUUCAAAUUGCACAGGAUGAAAUCUCCCCAAAAAGUCUGCGGAGAGCCAAGAUUGUCAUGGUGAACCAGCUUUGGCUUUGGAAGGUUGACUCAAAUACUAUUAUCACGGCGUUUCCGGACCGCUGGCACCAAGGACAAGAAGAUGAUCUUUUGACUUACCUCUCACGAAUGUUCCUCAAACAUCCUCCCUACAGCAUGCAAUCUAUGAUCAAAUGGAUACUAUGCAAUUGCACUGCAUUCAUUGAUGCGCCCUGCAAUGCUGGUUUGGAUGAGAAUUGUUUCGAAAUCUUCGAGCAGAGUAUUGCAACAGUUUCCAGCAGACAGACCGCCAGGUACCGGAGUUUUUACUCUCUUAUUAAGAGUGGAUAUGUGCGAGAGCAAUCUGAUAAUACAGCAGACAAUGCAUAUGCCCGAGAGAUUAGAGAUAUCACGGUAGAGGUCGAAUGUCUGAAGGAAAUCAAGGACAUCAGAGAUGAGCUUAAAAUGAUUCAACGGGUCCUUGAAGACCAGAGGAGGGUGAUUACCAGCUAUUGUCAGAAAACGAGGGAAAACGUUGACGAUGAUAAAUGGAGCCUGUUGACGUACCGUGUGAGGAAGGCUGAAUGGCUCGUGAAGGAGGCUGAGGCUGUGGAAGCGUCGGUAAGCAAUCGUCUUUUCGCAAACGACCACGCCGGCCCGGCUCUCAAAACUGACGUCUACAAGCUCAAUCACCUUCUGGACCUUAAACAAAAGCAAGGAAACCUCGAUGAAGCAACGGACACCCGCAGACUGGCUAAAUUGGCUGACGAACGAGCAAGAGCCGGCGAGACUCAGUCGCAGCUGCUCUUCAUCUUCACCGUCGUCACCGUCAUCUUCACACCUUUGUCCUUCACAUCUGGCUUCUUUGCAAUCCCCAGUCACGACUUCCCACAGAUCAACGGAGGAGGCGGCAUUAACUGGCGAUGGUGGCAGAUCUUCGUGGCCCUACUGGUCACUGAGGCGGUGACAUUGGUGGUGAUCUUUUUCUUUUGGUUGCGGAGGGACGAUGUCCAGCAAUCGUCUACAGCUUCAUUACAAGCCACCAAGCCUUUGCCGAUCGGGCAAUCCAGCAACCUUCAGGCGGUCCCGCGAACAAAUUCCAGUCUACUUGGAGAUGGCAGCAAGAAGGCCGUCGCUCGGCCUGCUCUCCGCGAGAAAGUAUUGUCGAAACCGCCUCCAACGGCGUCGACACCAUCUCCACAAAUAAACAAGACACCGACUCGACCUGUGUCUUCUCCAGAAGACAAUGUUUGA